GUGUCGCGACUCGCGAGUGUCACCUCAGUUCAGGUGUCUCCGCAUCUGCACGCCAUGUCAUUGCCCUCGUUAUAGGCCGACCUUCGUCAGCCUGCAAACCCGUUUCCAACUUAUUUCAAAUGUUUCCAAACAGCUAUGCAUUUCUACAAAUUGAUACUUGCCUAUUUCAAAGGAAAUAGGUGUUUUAGCAACUUUAUUUUGGUUACUAAUGAAUUUUCCAAGUUUGAAUUAUUGUCAAUCGACAAUCAGGUUAUAUUAUUUAUUAUCUUCCAAGAAUCAUCCAGUUAAUAAACUGAAAAAACCCAAACAGGAUUGUUACAUUAUCAGAAUGGACUGAUGAGAUUGAGUUCCAAGUAGGAGGAUGUUUUCCGAACUGGUGGUAGGAGGUGGGGAGUCAUCAGCCAACAAGAUUGAAAUGAUGACGUCACGAAGCACCUUUGAAUAAGUGUGCGGCGAGGGGGCGACAUCCACUAGUGUGAUAGUGUCAGCGUGUGAGUGUUAGUGUCAGUCUGUGAUCAGCGCCUGGACCUUGCACUAGCCAUGGAGAGAAAAGCUCAUCUAAUCACUGCUGUUGCAUUAGCUGUGCUAGGAGUCGCAUUUGUCUCUGGCCAACUGGCAAGAGUGGAGCCGGUGACAGAGAUCUGCCUGGGCUGCAUCUGUGAAGCAGUCUCCAACUGCAACCGAUCACUGGCAUGCGAAGGAGAUGUCUGCGGCAUCUUCAGGAUAACUUGGGCUUACUGGGCUGAUGCUGGAAAGCCGGUUAUCCUCAACGACGAUGCAAAUGCGGAGGGCGCAUAUUCAAGAUGUACAAAUGACCCAGUAUGCGCUGGAAAAGCUGUCACUAACUACAUGAACAAGUUUGCUCAGGACUGCAACGGCGACGGUGUUGUGAACUGCUACGACUAUGCAGCCCUGCACAGGCACGGAGGCUAUGGGUGUCGGCAGGCGCUCGACGCUCAGUACAACGAGAAGUUCACCAACUGCCAGCGUCAAGUCGAACAAUUCAUCCAAUCCAAGCCACAAGUCGUCUGACUACUUCAACUCAAUUCCAACUAAUCAAGUUUAUUCAAUAAGAUUGUGCCAUACGAUAUUAUGCCAGUUGAUAUUUAUUUAUAUUUUUAUACACAGUACCGUAUUGUGAAUUUGAAAGAAAAUGAAACUGUAUUGUGGACUAGAAUAGAAACGUGCUCAGUGUGAAAAAUAAUAACUGGUCGAUACAAUUGUGACGAAUCCAUUAAUUAAUAAAACUUCACAAAUCACAAUGUGAA